UAUCAUCUCUUCAUUAGGUAUGCUGGUCUGUUCCAGCUCCAGUGUCCCAUGGCUUUACCCACCCAAGCACCCAUUCAACCCUUCCCUCUCUCCCCUCGCCUCCCCUCCUGGUUACAUCCCGACAGAGCUUGUACCUGAGACUCGAGACUCUGGGUCAAGUCGGACUGAAGUUCAACUUGAGUGCUGUGAGACCAUUUAAGUUUAAAAGUAAAAAUGUUCUCAUGUUGGGACCUGGUUAGAUCGUUGAUCAGUUGCAUAUAAACAGGUGAGUGCCAAUAACUCAAUCAACAGUUUAAGUCAUUUAUGGAGCAACAUUGUCAAAUGUUCUCUAAUUCUAGCUUCUUAAAUGUGCGGAUCUACUGCUGUCUCUUUAAUUUACAUUUAAUACAUACGUUUUGGACUGUAAGUCAAACAUUUUUCUUUUAGUUUUGGUCAUGUUUCUACCGACUCAAGACUUGAAUUGUUCUUGUCUUGACUGACUUAAAACUUGCCAUAAGAGCUUAAGUCAGAAGAUACUCUAGUCUUCAGGGACUCAAGUUUUGACCUGGACAUUUCUCGAGUGACUUGAGGCUUGACGUUUGACAGCUCAGUCUCCUGCCAUCCCCAAGAAAGACAGGAAGUGGGUGCAGAUGUUGUGGUGGAGGGAGUAGAUGCUUGAGUGAGGUGAAGAUGGAUGAAGAAAAUGAGUGGUGUUCCAGCGAUGGAGAAAGGAAGGAUAAUAAGAAAGGAUCCAGGAGACGUUGUUGAAAAGACUUCCAAAAAGUGCAGUUCACCUCGAAGUGCGGCUCUCACAGCUGUCAGAUGGCCCGAACAAACCUACUUGACUGAAAGUCUCAAACGUCACAUUUGCACCGUUUCAGGAUUAGAUAAUAUCAACAAAUAAAUCACAAUAUGAGGGUUCUCAACAUGUUCCAAGCGAGUGUUCACCACUUCAGGACUUGACCUCGACAUCGACCUUCACCCGGCCCAUCGGUCCCCUGCACUUCCCGUAUCUCUGUCACAUUGACACUGGCAUUCUUUCACGUUAGCGCAUCGCAGUGCCGCAGAUAGGCCUGCCAGACACCCCCUGUGCUCUUCUAGUAUCUCUGUCACACACACACACAAGGUUAAUUGGUAACUAGUGUUUAUGGUAGCGGGGAACUUUUAGUUCCGACUACGCCGUAGCGAGAAGCUAAAAAGACGCGCAACAUAAUAUGUCAGCUUUUGAUGACAGUGAACCAGUGGACAGCAUGUACGACACAGAGGCCGACCUCCCGGGUUUAGCGAGCGGAGGCGGUGCCGACAGCCCAGAAGACGACACAGACGACGGUGUCAUCAACAUGUCCCCCCUGCCCUCACCGACCCCUUCCCAUCCAAACAACAACCACCACCACCUGCUGCAUCCCCACAUCUACGCCACCCACCACCACCACCACCUUCACAACAACAGCAACAGCAGCAGCAAUGACCAGGACUUCACCACACCCAAGGAGGGCUCGCCCUACGAGGCACCCGUCUACAUUCCUGAUGACAUUCCCAUUCCCAGCGAACUGGAGCUGCGUGAGUCCUCUGUGCCCGGUGCUGGCCUGGGUGUCUGGGCCAAGACCUACAUCGGUGCUGGCGAGAGGUUUGGUCUGCACAGCCCGCUGCAUCACGAGGCCACAGGCAAAGACGGCUCCUUUGGAUGGGAGCAGAUGAUGAACGACCAUGACGAAGACUCCCCUGACAGCUGCAUCAAAAAGGUGGUGGGUGACAUGGGCAACGUCAAGUUUGCGCUGGACACAGGCCCGGAUGCCACCAACAGCAGCUGGCUCAAAUACGUCCGCUCUGCCUCGUCAUUUGAGGAGCAGAACCUCGCCGCCUGUCACCUCACCGGAGACCAGGUGGGUGACAUGACAGACAUGCCCUGGUUGGAUUUGUGGUCGAGAUAUGAGCACUAUGUUGUCAGCAAGGGGCAAGGGGGGGGGUCAUCCUUUCCCAUCUGCUGAGAUUGACCACUGGGUUGAUCCGUCUGAAUUUGUGUGUGCAUACUUACGUGCGUGUUUACAAUUAGGUAGCAAGGUAAUGACCAAGGAAUGGCACUACUGUCUGUCUGUAGGUGGGCCAGUUG